AGGUUCACUACCGCAGUAGCAGCAACCAGAGGAGCAGGUUCCCAGCAGCCCGGCCUUCGGAUACAGAUCUACCUGAGGAGACUCCUCCUGGGUGGCCACUGGCCAGUCCUUGUCCCAGGACCAUGCUCAGAGCAGCCUUGGUCUUGGCCUGUUUGGCUGUUACUUCUAUAGCCUCUGAAGGAGGCUUCAACCCUUCAAGGCAGAGGGAGUUGGGGCCAGAGUACCAUCAAGAAGUUGGCUAUGCAGCACCCCCUUCCCCACCCCUGACACGAGUCCUCCCCAGGGAUCACCCUGACAUCUCUCUGCACGACCCUGACUUUGAGGGACAGAGUGAAGUGCAGCCCUUUUCCUCCUUUGACCAAGUGGAGGAGCUGUUCUCGCCCCAGCUCCUUGUGAAGAGUGGAUUCCUCUCUCUGUCAGGCAGCCAGGCCGAGCACCCCGCUGCCCCCGGGAAAGCGGUCCCUCUCCAAGAAGAACUGGCCCCUCCCCAGGGCCCUAUUGAACAGAAGGAGAUAGACUCACCAACGUUCCCCGCACAGGAGGAGAGCACCAGCCCACCUAAGCGGGGCGAGGCUACUCAGUCUGAAGAAAGGCCCGCUCCCAUCACGCCGCACAGCCCAGGCCAGCACUGCCAACCGGGCCGACCCCAAGGGGGCUGGGGCUACCGGCUGGAUGGCUUCCCUCCUGGGCGGCCUUCUCCAGACAACCUGGACCAGAUCUGCCUUCCCACUCGCCAGCAUGUGGUGUAUGGCCCUUGGAACCUGCCACAGUCUGGCUACUCCCACCUCAGUCGCCAGGGUGAGACCCUCAAUAUGCUGGAGACGGGAUAUUCCCGCUGCUGCCGCUGUCACUACUAUGCAAAGCGCAUGGAUUGUGCAAAACUUGUGUGGGAGGACACAAUGAACCAGUACUGUGAGGCCGAGCUUUCGGUCAAGACCCGACCCCACUCGUGCUGCAAACAGCAGGGGGAGGCUCGAUUCUCCUGCUUCCAGGAGGAAGCUCCCCGGCCACACUACAAGCUCCCGGCCUGCCCCCGCCACCAGCCCGUCAUAUCCACGGGCCUCGAGCUGCCUUUCCCCCCGGGGCUGCCCACACUGGACAAUAUCAAGAACAUCUGCCACGCAAGACGCUUCCGCUCGGUGCCCCGCAACCUCCCACCCACUGACCACCUCCAAAGGCAGCUGCAGGCUCUGAGCCGGCUGGAGGGGGAGUUCCAGCGCUGCUGCCGGCAGGGGAAUAACCACACCUGCACACGGAAGGCUUGGGAGGAGUCCCUCGAUGGCUACUGUGAGCGAGAACUGGCUAUAAAGACCCACCACCACUCAUGUUGCCGGUACCCUCCUAGCCCGAAACGCGAUGAAUGCUUUGCCCAAAAGGCUCCCUACCCCAACUAUGACCGGGAUCUCUUGACCGUUGACCUCAGCCGAGUCACCCCCAACAUCAUGGACUAUAUCUGUGGAAACGAAAGAGUUAUCUCCAAGCAUAAGCAGAUUCCUGGGCUAAUCCGAAACAUGACUGACCGCUGCUGUAAGCUGCCCCUUCCGGAGCAAGCCUGCUGUGCUGAGGAGGAGAAAACAUCCUUCAUCAGUGACCUGUGUGGUCCCCAGCGUGACUUCUGGCGAGACCCUGCCUUCUGCUGUAAAAUGAAUCCUGGGGAUGAACAGACCAACUGCUUCAACAUCAAUUAUCUGAGGAACGUGGCUCUAGUGGCUGGGGACUCGGGGAAUGCCAAGGGCCAGGGGAAACAGGACCCAACUCAGGGAACAACUAUCAGCCCCACCUCUGAACCCAAGGAAAAGUGAGUCACCCCAGAGCCUUGAAGGAUCAGAUUGGGUGAACCCCACCCCACCCCGCCCUCCUUGAAUACGCAUUGCAGUAAACACCUCUGGGAUUUGGUGUCCUCAUUGUCUCACACACGAACACACCCUCCUAAGCCUGGCUGCUGGCAUUUUCUUCAGUGACUGAACCCUGAGGCCCCCUGCCCUGCCCUGCCCUCACGGGGCAGAAGUCGUUCCAGGGCUGUGAUGGAACCAUAAAUAAAUGGCUUAACUUCA